AUGGCGUUGUCCCAGUUCAGUUCCACAGAAACCCUCAGGGAUCCUGGGGUCACAGACAAGUCGAUUAAUUCAAGCCCUGAUCUCUCACCUCGGGAUGAGAAAGGCUUCUCGAUACCGUCGACGCCAGCAGAGUCAAUCAACCUUGAAAGCCAAGCGCCUGAAUCACCACCAUAUCAUGUGUUCACUCGGUCUCGCAAAUUGUUGAUGGUCAUUAUUGUCUCCUUCGCUGCCAUCUUCUCGCCGCUAUCUUCGAACAUCUACUUCCCUGCGCUUUCUGAUGUUGCAGAGGAACUCAAUAUCUCUAUGUCUCUAGCUACUUUAACCAUCACGGUCUACAUGAUUGUUCAAGGUCUUGCCCCGAGCUUUUGGGGUUCUUUCUCCGAUGUACUGGGCCGCCGUGUGGUCUUCAUCGGAACAUUUGCUGUAUACAUUGUUUCCAACAUUGCUUUGGCCGUCUCUAACAACUAUGGUGAACUUAUGGCUUUCCGAGCGCUGCAGGCUGCCGGAAGUGCCGCCACCAUUUCAAUCGGUGCUGGUGUCAUUGGCGAUAUCACUACUUCAGCGGAGCGAGGCAGUCUUAUUGGUAUUUUUGGUGGUGUCCGCAUGUUGGGCCAAGGAGUUGGGCCAGUAUUUGGUGGAAUUCUCUCACAGUACCUUGGAUUCCGAUCAAUCUUCUGGUUCUUAGUUGUUGCAUCCGGAAUCAGUCUUGUCUCUAUUAUGUUCUUCCUCCCGGAAACACUUCGUUCCAUCGCUGGCAAUGGCACUGUUCCCCUCAAGGGCAUCUAUAAGCCAGUCAUCUACUCCAUUUGUGGGCAGAGACACGCACAUGAAGACUCAAUCCCCUCCGGAAAGAAGGGCAAGGUGACCCUCAAGACCGUGCUCGCACCCCUCACCUUUCUAUGCGAGAAGGAUGUCUUCAUCACCCUGCUAUUCGGCAGCAUUGUGUACACCGUCUGGUCAAUGGUCACUUCCUCCACAUCCGCCCUAUUCGAAAAGCAAUACGGCCUGAAUUCAAUGGAAGUCGGCCUCACUUUCCUCGGCAAUGGCUUCGGAUGCAUGACCGGCUCCUACACAAUCGGAUACCUCAUGGACUUCAACCACAAGCGAACAGAACGAGAAUACUGCCAGCAGCACAAUCUUCCAAUCGAAACUCGCAUCAACCUAAAGAGCCACCCCGACUUCCCCAUCGAGUACGCCCGUAUGCGCAACACUUGGUGGAUCACCGCGAUCUUCAUUGUUUGUGUCUCCGUCUAUGGAGUGUCACUCCGCACACACCUUGCAGUCCCAAUUAUUCUACAGUUUGUCAUAGCCUAUGGCUCCACCGCUAUCUCCACCAUUAACAGCGCCCUCGUCAUCGACUUGUAUCCCGGUGCUAGCGCUAGUGCCACGGCAGUCAACAACCUGAUGAGAUGCUUAAUCGGUGCGGCUGGUGUCGCAGCUUCUCAGGCUAUUAUCGAUGCUAUCACCGCUCAAUUUGCAUUUCUCAUGCUCGCUGGCAUCACCAUCGCUAUGGUUCCUCUGCUCAUGGUUGAGAUGAAGUGGGGCUAUGGAUGGCGUCUUGAGCGCCAAGAGCGCCUUCAGAGGAAGGAAGACUCGGUCUGA